GCUAACAUCAGCGUACCAAACACUAAACUAUAAUUCUUUAACUCGACAAUUACUAAGUUACUCGACAGUUACUAAACUUAAAACGUCAAAAAAAAAAGCAAAUUCUAUAUGGAUUUGGUAAAGCGCGCAUUUCUACGUGCCUGCAAGAACCACAGCACCCUCAGCUAUGGGUUGAUUGAUCAGAUAUUAUCACCGCUGUGCGAGCUCCAUAAAGUUGACAAACCGGCAAACAAGGAGGCACUGAAAGCUUUUGUCGGCGAAAUUGAUGGCUACAUUCGUGUUUUUGAUCAGACGCUGGUUUUCAUAAAACAUGCAUUGCAGGACGAGGAGUACUUGGUGUACGCUAAGACAGAUGCCACGCCGGACACCAUAGCAAACACUGGUCUCGUUGCAGAGGAAUGCCAAUACUUUGCAAAGCUGUUGGACAAAAUAGCUGAAGAAGAAAACUGUUGCAUGGCCUGGAAUCAGACGUACAGUGACCUGGGCAUUGAAAAGCCGCCCAAGAAGCUCCGGAUGCAGGAGCUGCUCAAGAAGUGGUGCCAAAUGGGAUAUUUCCUGGAGGCUGAAGACAACAUCUACCUGGGACCCCGAACACUUGUGGAGCUUAGUUUCUACUUGCGCUCCAAUCACGCGGAAAACAUAGAGAGUUGUAAGCUGUGCUCUAACCUGGUGCUAUGGGAUAUUCGCUGUGAUUCAUGCCACAUCCAGUAUCAUCGUGACUGCAUACGCAAAUUUUUGCAGAAGCGGUCGAAUUGUCCGUCCUGCAACGAACUGUGGAAAACUCCAUUGCGUACGUCCACAGAUGGGCGGCGCUCGGUAACACCCCAGCCAUAAAUAACAUGUACAAAUAAAAUUAACAUGAAACGAAAUGAGUGUUUAGCAAA